GGAAGCUGUUGAGGAAUAGGAAAAAAGCGGCAAUACCAUUCAAACGAAGAUCAGCUUCCCGUGCUUGCAAAACAAGAGGCUAGCGAACCGUGUACACAUUACACAGGGAAAGGUUGUGGACAGUUUAGACGGGCGAGUGUGAUCUGUGCGGUGUGACGGCUCGGCCAGAAUUUAGCCGGCUGGGAGGGGCAGAUGCAAAAAAAGUGGAACACAGAACAGAUGAUUGUCGGGUUAUAUUUAGCCAGUUCUGGUUACUAAAAUUAACCUUCAACUAGCCGACGGUGCGGGUGCUGCCCGAAAAAGUGAAGGUGCGCGAGAGAGAGAGCGAGAGAGGGAGAGAGAAGGACGGGGAACCGGGAGGUACAGCCGAAAACAAAAACACGGUUGAAGUCUGGUUUGUUUCGAUUAAAUACAAGCGGCAAAAUACGUACGAACAAACCGGUAUUAGCCGGCAGUUACUUGAUAAAGCAAACGGAAGCUUUUGCGUAUGUACAGGCCGAAAGCCGAAAGGGAAUACCGUUUGAGCUAGCUAAAGCGAAUGUGAAUAAAUCCGUGUACUACUGCUAAUAAACCCAAAGGCUAUACGUACAAUUAUCGUACAUUGAUCGGUGCUUUGGUGGUAUUGAGUUACGAAUACUGUUCCAUCUUUCUAAUACCCACCAACACACACUAUCAUUACCCGACCUGAAACCAGAAGCCGGCAGUGUGGCAAAGCUGUUGGGAAAAUGAAUAUAGAUCCAUCGAAACAGGCACAAGAACAGGAAGAGCAGAAUCAGCAACCGACGACGGCAACGACAGUGGUGGCGACGACAGCAACAACUACCAGCAACAACGCGGUACUGGCAUUACUAAUUUCCCCAUCAUCGCCCUCGUCAGCGUCGACCGUUUCGCCCACUGCGUCGUCGAUUUCGAAAAACAGCAGCACCGACGAGGUCGAUGAAACUACGGCGGAAGCAGAACCACCCCAACCCGAAGCAAACUGUAGCAAACCACCGGCGGCAAAUCGAGGGCAUCAUGAUGAGCAGCGAGCAGAUGAAGAUGAUGACCACCGCAAUAACAGUACGGUUCCGCAGCAGGAGCGGCGUUCACCUACCGAACCGCUCGGUGUUGAGAGUCGGGCCACAGCUGGGACCGAUCGGUCGAAUGCUGGUACGAUGACACUGGCAGUAACGGACACUACCACUACUACAUUGCUGGGCCAAUGCAUACAAGAAACUAUGACCACCGACUCAAGGAUACUCGAUGUAGCAGCGUCAGCGAUAGUGCCCCCGACCGGACCGGUCGGUGGGCCCGUAAUGGAAGGUGGGCCAGACCGGGAAAGCAACAGCUUGAAGGGUGACGAUACACUGUCGCCGUUGAUCGUGCCGGUAGAGGAGUUAACCGCGGAAGCCUUAUCACCAAAAACACCACACCCGUUGUCAUCGUGUUCAAGCUCAAGCUCAUCCACCUCCUCGACACCGUCCGUCGGUGAGGAACGGCGCCUGCCGGUUGUGCCGGAAGAGGACACGUCGUACGCGGAAGAUACACCAUCGGUAGGCGAACGAUGUUACCAUCAGCGGGACCCGCUAGCCGCGAACAAUAAUCCCACCCUAGAGGUUGAUCUCAUAUCAUCAUCCGCUGACGGUGGUGGUGGCGGCUGCAUCAAUGACCGCUACAACAAUAACAGCAAACGCAGUGAUAGUGACUUUCAAAUCGUCGGUGACAGCACGCAAACGAAGGUUAGCAGCCGGAAUGACGACGAUGGUAAUGAGGCCGCAACGUCCUUAUCGUCCGCCAGCGGUCGAACCGUUGUCGGCUCGCCGUUGGAGGAAGGCGUCCCAUCGUCUGGUACGACGGCACCCGCAACCGAAAUAACGCUAGGACAAGGCGAACAGCAAAGGUGUGCCCCCGCAACAGCCAGCGCCAUUGAGCUUGGCCCGAGCGAUGAACGCGAACGGAGGGCAGUGGCGCAAGCGACGUUGUUGGGAAAUGCAGAACGUACCGAGGUGGCGAGAACGAAUGACGACAAUAACGGCGAGUUGUCCGUAGCACCGAUAGAGUUAGUACAAACGUUACCGAUCGAAACGGCACGGCCGGGCGGCAUAAUUACCGCUGUCGGUGGUGUAAUAACAGCUGCCGGUGUGACCGUGGCAGCGAAUGAAACGAAUGAAGAUGUGAACGAUGGUGGGGCGGUGCGAACCGAGGAAAGCAAAACGUUUGCUAGUGGCGAGAGAUCGUCACCAUCUUCUGCGAUAUUCUCCUCUUCUUCUUCCUCCUCCUCCUCGUCCUCCUCCUCCUCCUCCUCCACGGCUGCUCCCCUAUCGCCACCGACAUCGUUCGCGUCCUCGUUGUCUUCGUCCGAAUCGUCGCCAGAAGUGUUGGCCGCAUCCCAACAAGAACCUUCUGGCAAGGGGGAUGACACUCAACUCGUCGUAGACAAUCGACCGUUAUGUGAUAGUUCACCGAAAGGACACUCCCUUGAGGGCGAAGGAUUUUCCGAUGCGGUGCUACAGCAAUCGCAACCAGCGCCACCACCACCAGCAGCGUGUUCAGUCCUUCGUUCGGCAGGUGUGGCGCACACGCAAACCACCACGACAGGCACCACGCGUCUUUUAACGCUAGCCGAGGAACUGUCGCAGGCAGCAGCCGUUGCAUCUUCGUCACCGCCGACGGACGAAGCCGGUGCACCAGCGUUAGCAGUAAGCGCACCGCCAUCCGCAGUCGUAGAUGUCCAACCAAAGAGUGCUGCCGAAACAGCAGCAGCGGUGGUCAGUGGUAGCAGCCGACGUGCGUCCCCUGUACUGCACAGUAGUUUGAAGAAAUUGAGCAAAAUGGGUGUUCUCACUGGUGGUGCGGCGGCAGCAGCAAACAAGGGUGAAAACAGGCGACGGGUGUCCUUUCCUAGGGAUGCGCAGCUUAUCACUGGCUAUCUGGAUCCGGUCAAUCCUUGGGCAUGCAUAUCGAUUUGCGAAAUACCGGAGCUGCUGGAGCUGUACCGUAGCUCCUGUCUGCGACAUAACACCAUACCGCUCAAAACAGUACUCGAGCACCUGCAAUCAAUCGAUGUCACGAAGGGCCGUGUGCCGUUGCUCUCGCUCAAAGAUCAGCAUCUCAGCUACAGUGGGUGUGAAGCGUUGGAGGAGAUCUUCAAGCAUGUGCAGUACCGCUGCAUAGACCUCUCGCACAGUGGGUUGGACGAUGUGACGGCAAGCGUAAUGUUCGAUAUCAUCGAAUACUAUGAGGCGGCCAACGAGCUGGACAUGUCGGACAAUCUGCAGAUGACGACCAAAAGCUGGACGGCGUGCAUUAACAUGAUCAAGAAGAGCCGGGAACUGAACGUGCUGAUAUUCCGUGGUCCCCAGAUAUCUGAUUACCAGGCUAAUAAUCUCGCCAAAGCGCUCAACACCUCCCCCUUACACACGUUGAAGCUGGAACAUUGUGUGCUCAGCCAGCAACCGAUCGCAUCGCUGUGCACCUUGCUCAAGCGCAACAAAGUGUUGCGGGAGCUUUGGUUGGCGCACAAUCAGCUGAACUGCGAAGAUGCGCUACAGAUCGCGAAUCUGCUACGGACGAACUUUUACAUACAGCUGAUCGACAUUUCGAACAACCGGAUUGGGGACAAAGGCGUUGAGCACAUUGUCGGUGCGAUCGUGGAACAGGCGGUACACUUUAAGGACGUGCAGGACAAGAAGCGUAAAAGUGAUCUGAACUUUUCCGACCUAUCGAGCAGCCUGAACAGCAUCAACAGUGUGAAAAAUUACUUUCCCCAGCGGUUGCGUUCGUCCGAUUCGGAUACCAUUGCCACGGCAGCGGAAGCCGCCGAACUGGAUGCGUCACCUUCGUCGCUAACUCUCACUCCACCAGUAACGCCACCGUCGACUCCCGCUCUUCCAGCGUGUGAAACGACCACAGAGCAGAAAGUGGAUAAGGUGGCCAGCAGCGGCACAUUCGAAGCUACGAAUGGCGCCACCACCUUCGCGGUAGAAGCGGCCACAGUGUAUACGAUGCAGCAGCCCGACAAUGAUGAAACGAACCCACCACUACCUCCAUCACCACCCAAACCGCCAACGCCCGGUGCUGUUGUUGCUCUGUCGAACGUGAAUCUAGUGGAAAUGAGUACAAAACAUAGCGUAAGUCUACAAACAACUAGUGAUAGAGAGAAGGUCGACGCGGUAACGCGCCCUGUAAUGAUGACGGCCGAGGAAGAAGCACUGAUGAAUUCCUCUAGCGGUGGAGCAACAGCAGCGACGGCAACUGACCCAGCGGUUCUGCUGGGCGAAGGUGAUGAGAGCAAGACGACGAUGAGCACCUCAGCGGAAACAGUACAAACCGACCAGCAAGAGUCGACGGUUGUGCAACAAGACUGUGUGGAGUUGUUGGUGACGUUGGAGGAAACCCAUUCGGAUAGCCCGGUACCGCAGGCACCGAAAAAGCCCCGGCUGGCAAAGCAGGACAGUGUGCUGACGGAGUUUGAGGCAUCGCUAUCAACGGCCAUGGAAAUUGGGGACCAAAGAGAGGAAGAAACGCAUGCGCAUGAUAAGGACGGCGUGAGGACACCUGACCAGCCGGCUGCCAAGGAAGUGUCUGGAGCAAACAUGAUGGAGGAAGACGUUCCCGAACUGUGCACCGAUUACGAUGAUGAUGGUAGCAAUUUAAGAAUUUCGCAGGAAAAUCUCUUUGUCGAUCUUGGCAUACCGGCCCUGUGUGAGGAAGAGCAGUCGGAAACGAGGAGUGCUUCUGUCGAAUCGUCCGGAGAUGUGUUUUCACCGCUUGCGCCACCAUCGAAGAAGGAUGAGCUACAGUUACUGAUUGAAAAGUCGCAGCAGAAAGAGAAAGCACAACAAGCUGAAGCUACGGAAGUGCCACCGACGGGUUCGAGCUCGGCACAGCGAGAUGAUGCCAUGUUGACGACGGAAACGAUGGCUCCAGUGAGAGAAAGAAAAAGUGCCAUUAGCAGUGAUGAGCGAUCGGAACCUCCGUCGAUCAAGAAGGAUCGUACGCAGUCAAGCAGUAGUGACAGCUUGGUCGUGGAGCAGGGCAUACAAAUGGUGAGCGUUGCAAUCAAGGAUAAUGUGCCGCUGUCCCGCUCGCUUGACUCGGUCGGUGGUGAUGAGUCCGACUUUGAAAGUAGCAGCCCGUUCCGCACGACAGCUCCCAGCUCCUUCCCGAAUGAGCGUUCGUUCAGCUCCGAGAGCCUAAACAGCGAAACGUCCAUCGAUUCGAAUGAUUCGAAAUCAAGCCUUAAAAUACACGAGUCCAAGUUUGCCGCCAAAAACGGUACGCUGGAACGGCAGCAGUCAAAUGUGAACCGAGACACGGUCGGCACGGAACAAACGGCAAGCACUCCGUGCGGGUUGCAAGUGUUGGUGCUAUGGAACAAUGAGAUCACGCGCAACUCGUCGCGCCACUUUCAACGGUUGCUGGAACGGACUAGUACGCUCGAUACGUUGAACGUGGGCAGCAAUCAACUGUGCAAUAGCUUCGUUACUGGAAUCAGUGGAAGCUUGAAGGCGAACACGACGCUGACAAAUCUGGGACUGCAGGGAGCGCACCUAUCGGACAAAGGUGUCAAAGCGAUGGCGGAGAUUAUCGAGUUCGGUGGUAAUUCAUCGCUGCAAAGAAUUGAUCUAAGACACAACAACAUUCAGAAGGGUGGGCUAGAAGCGUUAAACGAAGCGAUGAAGUCCAACAAAUCCAUCACCCGCAUCGAUCUGGAUGAUACACCGCGAAGGAUCAAGGAUACUUCACUGGAAGGCGUUGGGUCGGAGUAUAGCCGGUUGGUGAACAACAUCCGGGCACAGUGCGAACGGAACAAAAACCCACCGGAACCGAGCGAACCGAUCAGCACCUCGGUGCGUCGUGCCCGGGCAAACUAUCUUAGUUCGCGCAAGAUUUCCCUCACCUGCCCAUCGAUCAAAACGUCACCGAGCGCGAUUGCGGACAAGCAGCAUCUGCUCGAUCCGAACGGUGGGUGCAAAAAGGCGGCGACCGGUGGUCGCUUGCGUUCACCAUUGCCCAGUCCCAUUCCCUCACCGAUUGCCUCGCCGGUACCGAGUCCGUCCCGCAACCGAUUCCAUGUUUCGCGUGUGACCGAUUCUGCCGGCGGGGGAUCCGCUUCGUCACCGUCACCCUCGUCGACUGGCAGUUCGCCCACGCUGUUCUUUCCCUCGAACUCCCGGUUCCGUGUGGUAACGGUGGCCGAGCCGGAUCUUGCCGGUGCUAAAAGUGCUAACAAUCCGUAUCGCAGCAGCAGCACGAUCAGUCUACCCAUGAGCAAAUCUUCCACCUCAUCAUUUGCCGUGGGCCCUAGCGGUAGCGGAACGGCAUCAUCCACCACAAUCAAUCGCCGUCCGGUGUGCAGUUCCGCCCCGACACUAUCAUCCUUCCCCUCAUCACCGUUGUCUCCGCUUGCGGCGGGUGUUCCGGUGAUGGGACGGGCGGGAGUUGUUAGCCAAACACCAUCCCCAUUGUUGCCACCAUCAUACAGCAGCAGCGGGAGUAACACUACGUUCCAUACGGCCAUAGUACCAUCGCCACUGAUCACACCGGCAGUGGGAGUAAUUGCUGGAUCAUCACCAACCAUGCCCGCGCAUCUCGCCCCAAACACUUCGCCGAUGGCGUUGGGAGUUUCACAUGGUACACUGCUGCAACAGCAACAGCAGCUUCAAUACCAGCCACUACCACCACAGAUCGUUCCGAUGCUGCAUCAACAGCAACCGCAAAACUAUCACUUUGUCACAACGUUCGGUCCAGGCAGCAACACAGCCGUUCCCCUACAGCCAAUGGUUACCACCCAUGUACAGAAGUAUGCCACUGAACCCCUCUUACCCUGCACCCUACAACCACAGAUCGUACAACAGACAACGAUCAUUCACCAACAGCUUCAACAGCAGAUUCCACCACAAACACCAUCCGGCACGGGAAAGGUGCGGCAACACUCAUCGGAGUCUGGUCAUCAGCACAGCAGCAGCAACAACAGCAGCACCUUGCAUGAUUCCGUACUUUCGUCCACCAGUAUCGAAAGUCCCGAUCUGGAGGUGAAACGAUUUAUGUCCGGUGGAGUCAUGCUGGACGAUAGCUGCUGUUCGUCGAUUAGCAGCAACAGCAUCGAUUCGAUCGAUAAUGCUAACUUCAACAUCACCACCUCCAUUAGCUCGACGGAUGAAAGUUUCGAUUUGAUCGUAAGCUCACCACCGCCGAUUACUACCUCUAGCGGAUGUUCCAGUGCCAUCCCCAGUACGGUCCGGCUGGUACCAGCUGCUGGUGGUGGAUUGUCAGACUCAAGCAAUAAUGUCAGCUCCACGUCACGUGUCCUGGAGGAGGAGAGUACGCUCAUGCCCAGGGGAGUCCCUCUUCCCACCUUCUCCCUGCCAGGUGGAGAGACGCUGAAAGUGCCGCUAGAUGCACCGACCAGUGUGUCCACCUCCAGUAUGGUACAGGUGAACCUGGCCAGCUCGCAAGAAUCCCUGUACGAUGUGCAUGAUCUAUCGGGUUCCUCAAACUCAUCGUCCAUGUCGGUUGCAGCAAACCUGGCACAUGCCGCAAAGUCUCCAACCGUGCUGCCGACAGGCUCUGGUGCUGCUGUUGUUCCCACAACAAACAUUAGCUGCUCUACUGCCGCGGGUAACUCCAACGAAAGCACUCUUACAUCGGUGCAAAACCUCGAACGCGAGCCAACAGUCACCAAGGUGGCGAGCGAAAAGCCACCACGCGUACGCAAAACAUCGUGGAUUCUGGGUGGCAGUAGCAGCAGUGGAAGCAGCCAUAAGCACACCGAUUCCGGCUCGAGUGGAGGUAGCACACCGACGCCCAGUGGUGGAAGCGGUUACACGCCAGCCAUCGAGAAGCUGCUCAGCCUCUUCAAUCCGAGCAAUUUGUUUUCGUCCAACAGAACGUCUGCAUCGGCCAGUCCUCCACCACCGACAGUGACGCAGGAAGCUUCGGGCCACAGCGGUGGAUCACAGCCACCGUCGCGCAAGGAAAGCCCGAUGGGUGGUUUGUUCCACAGGGCCCAUCACAGUACCGGCAGCAGCAGCAACACCAGUGCCAACACAAGCCCAACCAGUACCGCAGCCAAAAAGGAUGACGAUCGUGUGACGCUCAAGGUAAACGUUUCGCCCGAAACGACGCUCACACCGCAACAGCUGCAACCGUUGCAGAAUCAGGUGCAUCUUCAAACGAUCGCGGCCGCCCACCAUCAUCAGCAGCAGAGUGCCGAGCACAUGACACCACAGCUGAAGGUGGAGAUGAAGGAGAACAUUUCACCGGAAAACACAAUCACCAACAAGCUGCUCCUUUCCUCGAAUGCAACAACUCCGGCGGGUGGUGGUGGCCCGUUGGGUGGUGUGGAAGCGUUAGCGACCGUUGCGAUCGUAUCCACACCGAUAGUGAACGUACCGCUAGUUGGUACCGUGCCACAGCAUGCGAAGGUAAUCUUCCAGCUCGGUGGGGAUUACGAUGAGUCGGAGGAUGAUAUCGAUACGCUCACAAACAAGUACGGCAAUCAUCCGAGUCUGGGUGGUGGUGGCGGUGCGGCGAUCGGUGGCAGUGGAGGUGGAAUGCACUAUUUCGGUGGCGGCGGAAUUCAUCAAAGCGGACCGAACAGUCUGCUAGGCGGAAGUACAACCAGCAACAGUAGCGGCAUUAGCAUCGGCAGCGGUACCAGUGCCGGUGAUAUGAUGAGCGGCAGCAGCAGUGGAAUGGUGGUUUCGCCAUCACCGAGCACCACCAGUGGACAGUCGGCCACAUCGGACACGGUCGUUGUGUUGAGCCAUCUCGGGCAGCUGGCCCGUGAUUCGCUGAGCAUGUUCAAGAAUCCAAGUCUCACCUCACAGGAUUCGAUAUCGAUUCGUUCGAUGGAUUCGCUGACGGAGAUAGGCAGUGACGGUGCUUGCGGCACUGGUAAAGCCGUGGCGCAUGCUGCUCCGCCAGUAGCUCAGCUCGAUGGAGCUGGACGUAAAGAUGUACCACCGGCGAUCACAACACCAUCAACAAGAACUUCUUCGUCGUCGACAUCAUCGAGCACGCUAGCAGCAGCAACACAAAUAUCGCCAUCCGCAACAGCGGCACCAUUGGCUGACAGACAGGAUACACGCUAGGGAACAUGGAAUGAACGAAGGGUGUUAGUGGAAGUACUUAUCUAAACCAUCCAUACUGGUUCAUCUGUGUGAUUACUAUUGUUUAAAUUCGUUCCACGAUUUGCCCUCGAUCUUACUACUUUCGAUUUGUGCGCUUCCAAACUGGAGAGAUACAUAUUUUCCUAUAUGUCGGGAUUCUUGUCAUUUGCGGUGUCUCUCGCAAUACUAUUAUGGUCUACCUGUCACAAUUGCAGCGCCUUGAGGAUGAUGAAACGCAAACUA